GGAACCUGCAAUGUCAGCAAGAGUUCCAUCGAUGGACGAAAACCGACUCACAGACUGAGACUCACUCACACAAUACUGUACAACACUCAACUGAAAGAUUCGAUUCACCUUUUGGCGUGCCGUUUGCCCACAAAAGCCAGUGAGGAAAUCAAACAAGACCGGUUGUGUGGUUGAUCAUAAACUAGACUAGCUAGACCAGUAGACCAAGAUGAACCAAGUAUUGAUAUCUACCAGUAUGGAUUUGCUGAUGGACGACGAAUUGGCAGAGGAGACUCUAUUGAUGGAAAAGGCGACACUGCUAUUGCAAGAGAUCGAGGAGGACAAGAUGAUGAGCCCCAGCACGUCCAAGUCCAACAAGCCCACUUCGCCUUCAGUGGAGAAGGAGAAGGACGUCAAGAAGAAGAAGAGCAAGAGUAAGAGCAAGACCAAGAAGACCAAGAAAGUGAAGAAGAGUGUCCGAUUUGCCAGCGAUGACAAAUUGACGUGUGUCGAGUAUUUGACUCCUCGUUCGACGCGCGCCGUGGACCGUUUGUUUUACAGCGACGAUGACAUGCAAUGGAUGCUCCAUCAACUGCAGUGCGACGUUACUGCCUACGAACAACACGGCGCCAAAGAGUCUGCCACCUUUUCCUGUCGUGGGUUGGAACGACGCACGGCGUGUGGCUCGGCCCAACGUGCUCGAUGGCGCAAGACCUGUCGCACCGUGGUUUUGGACGAACAAGACCGACAAUGGCUCGUGUUGCCCAUGGACGAACCGGUCGAUGAACAACGCAUCGCCUUUGUCUCACUCGAAGUCACACACAAGGCCAAGCAACUCGCACGCAAACGAGCGAUUCAAGACGAACGAGACAUUCGAAAGGAUCUCCAGCAGCACCAACAGCAGCAGCAAACCAAGGACGCAUCCAGCCGCGCACAAACCACUACGGGAAUGGAUGUGUCCUGGCAAACCGACGGCACCGGCCGCUCGUCCAUGGGCUGCUCGUAUUCGUGUUCUUCUGUCGAAGAAGAUUGUUGUGGCUGUUCCAAACAACAUCAUCAUCAACAAAAGAAACACAAUCGCAAGGGACACUCGGUGCACUUUCCAGCCGCUUCACGACAGAUGUUUGAAGUUCAUGAGUACCAACAUGUCGCCAAUGACGAAGAAUCAAAAGCACUCUGGCAUCCCUACUUGUCACUCAAUGACGCCAAGCUACAGUACGCAUCACAGAUUGCCAUUCUAGAACAGCAGCAACAACAACAACAACAGCAGGGAACUCACCUUCACGCAGCAGCGUCCUCGUCCUCUUCUACGGAAUCAUCAACGCAAGCACAAGACGAAGAAUCCACACGAGGAUUAGAGGCUCGUACCACACAGGCCGAAACCACUUACGAACAGCUCCGCACCGAGUUCUCCAAGACGCUCCGAUUGCAAGCAUUGGACCCUGCCGUCUUUUCCAAACAGUGUCAAAAGCUAUCUGCCAAGUCGCGCAAACAGGCACGCACUCGGGCACUCAUGGAUCAACGAGCCGUCAAGGUCCUACAGCAAUCGAGUGUCAGUAACAGCAAGUCAACCACCAAAAAGCUCGUCACUCGUGUUCCCAAGGUCCGCACCGCAUCGCCACCCAAGGACGGAGGCAGUAGCCAAUCCAACAAGAGUCCCACCAGACGAAGCGACAGCCCCAAGCCUCUCGAUUGGAAGGACGAUUCUUUUCACGGAUCGUCCCAUUCCCAUGGAACCGUCAAGAGAGCUCCCGUAGUCAUUGCCACUACUGCUGCACAAGAGGAAACCGCGGAGGAACCUUCCAAGCCCCGUGGUGUGGUUCAUCGUGUCGGAGACUGGUCGUCCGUCGGAACUCUGGACACGAUGGACUCGACACUCUUGUCGUCCUCCAGUUCCACUCUCACCAUGCCCAGUGGCAGCUUGAGCAGCAUGAGUCAAGCUCCAGAUGAUGAUAUGAUGGAAGACGUUGAUACCGCGGAAGGAGAAGAACUCGAUCAAGUCUGCCGCAGCAGCAAGCCCACGCGACGGUCCUUGCCCGAUCUCUCGGCCACCUUGAUGAUGACGACGACGACUGUCGUAGAACAGCCAAGACGUCAUUCCUCGGCCAUGUACCGACUCUCCAAGGUCACGGAAGAAGACUACUGCAGUGAUGACGAAGAAGAAGUGGACACUGGCAUUCCAAAGGCGGUACUGGUGGGAAUCCCCGACAAGUACUUUGGCCGCAACAGCAAGAGUGCUGCUUACAAACCAUCCGCGGCCGAUUUGGAGGCACUGCAAGAAUCCAUUGCCGGAACGCCAUUGGCACAUGACGACGGCGGUGAUGACCAAGGAUUGAUGGACGACAAGAGUGCGGGUGGUGAUGGAUCCGGUCGAUUGUCGGGAAUCAUUGAACGUUUGUGGGACAAACGUCGUGGCGGCAAAGGAUCCGAGCUCGUUCAUAACCAAACUAUGAUGGAUGCUGCCAUCUAAUGCAAUAGCAAAUGAGCUAUAAAAGGGAAAACGAUUCACGUGAAAUCCAGUCAAACAUACAAAGCUUUUUAAAAUACUAAAAAGAUAGAUUACAUACAUG